UAAACACUCAAUAAAAUAUUCGCUUCGAACUAUAGAAACCUUCAGUUAAUUAAGAAAAAUAUUAAACAAAAAAGAAACAUUUACUUAGGGCCGAUUUCUCAACGUCAUGUUAACGUCCUGUUUCUAAACAAAUUAGUUCCUCAACAUCAUGAAAGGUAUUAUUUUACUGAAAUGUCUUAACUACCAAUUUCCAACUGAAUCUUAAAAAUUAACAUCACAUUGAUAUAACGAAUUUGUUUUUCCGGAAAAUUUAGUUUAAGGACAAUUUUUUCUGACAGGUUUGAUACUAGAACCUUAACAUGACAUUGAGAAAACGGCUCUUUGCAAUAUAACUUUUUAAUUUAACAAAAAGUUGCUGUUAAGUCAAAAUGUAUUUAUUUCAGGACGAAUACUUUGUCGUUUAUUUUUACCACAAAAGUCCAAAAGUUCAAUAGCCUGCAUUUAUUUUCAAAAAAAUGACUACAAUGUUGUUUUGACAAAAUACCAAAUCCCUGGCCAAUUUCGUAUGUAUUUCUGUUCCGUUAAGCAAGGAUCGAGAUUAGACUUUGACUUUGGCUAAGUCGGGCAAUUCCUGGCCGGGAAAAGCCAUUUCCCAGGCAUUUGCUGGCCGGCUGGUCGAGCAUUGAAGUAAGGAAAACCUGGAAGUCCGUCAGAUUUCCCUGCAGCUGACUGGUUGACUGACCUGACCUGAGCUAAGCCGAGCUGGUUUCUACCUGACCAAGACGAAGUCACAAAGUCAGUCAAUUAGCGAGUCAACGUUUUGAGUGCCGGCCAACUACAGAGAUCAGUUUCAUUUGGCAUGCCCAUCGAUUGGUUUGCCAAGAGCACGAGAGGCAAGAGUUCGCGAUAGGACCGAGUACCAGAGACAUAGGAGGCAUUCUUUUCAUGCCCGGUGAGAGCACGGACGGAGGAGUCAAAGAUCGAGCAGGAUGAGCCUGAUCAGGUUGGGGCUGGCGCUGCUGCUCCUGGUGGCCACCGCCUCGCAGUCGCUGCAGCAUGUCCAGGGACGCCGGAAGAUGUGCGGCGAGGGCUUGAUCCGAGAACUGAAUUACAUCUGUGUCAAGGGCUUCCCCACCAGGGUCAAGCGGAGCACUAGUGAAGUGCCCAAGGAUAGAGUGCGCACCCUGAUCCGUAAGCUCCAGGAUACGGAAUCGGAAAAGGAUCCAUCUGGAUCCAAUGGAAGUAAGCGCAAGUUGCGACGCCACCGACGGAAUAUUGCCCACGAAUGCUGCAAGGAUGGCUGCACCUUAGACGAUAUUUUGGACUACUGCGCCGUAUAAUCACAUACCAGAUCCACCAGUUACCAGAUCCCCAAAAAAAGAAACCUCAACUACCAAAAUGUUCCCGAUAUGACUUAAAUUUUGUGAUGGCAGCGGGCAGGAUGGCCAGUUUAAGGACAAUUCCCAGAGGCAUCCAGCCGGCAGGCGUUUUCCAACUCAUUUUAAUACACUUAAACCGAACUAUAAACGUAA